CUUCAAUUUUCCCUUUGACGUUUCAUGCCGCCGCAAACUGUUGGUUUUGUUAAACCAGCGUGAUUUAAAAUAGUUUAUAACUAAUGACUAUUUAAAUAAUUUUUUGAAUAAAUAAGAUAUGAAAUAAUAAAAUAGCUUCGAUUCAUAAUUUACAUGAAAAACUUUAUUUAUUUGUAAAUAAAAAUGUGGCAUGAAGCGCGUAAGCAAGAGCGGCGCAUUAAGACAAUGAUUGUCGACUAUAGAAAACGAGCAGAACGCCGACAGGACUUCUAUGAAAAAAUUCAAGCAGAUCCAACUCAAUUUCUUCAAAUACAUGGACGCAGGUGCAAGAUACAUUUGGACCAAUCUGUAGCAAUGGCUGGUGAUAGUGCAGCUAUAAUGAUGCCAUGGCAAGGCCAGCAGGAUAAUAUGAUUGACCGUUUUGACGCACGGUCCCAUUUGGAUUAUAUAUAUCCGAUAUCGAAAAAUACGGAAUCAGAUUUAUUAGAGAUUGCUUUAGAAGAGAGACAAUGUAAUUAUGAACGAUAUCGUAUUUUAGCCCAAAAUGAUUUUCUUUGCGUUCCCGAAGAAAAAUUUUUACAUCAACUACACUUAGAGGAACAAUAUGGGGUUAAUGCACAAUUAGAGGCAGAGCGAAAUCAGAGUAAAAAAAAGCAAUCGAAAUCUGGUGCAACAAUUGGAUACACUUAUGAGACUGUUGAUCACACUUCAGGUGGACCACAGCCAUUUAGUCAUUUAAUGCAAAACACUAUGCACAAUAUACAAUCGCAGAUUCAGGAUAAAGAGUCUGAUUCUGACUCCGACUCCUAUAUAGAUGAUAUGGACGUUUCAAUAGAUGUUACAAAGUUAGAUACAAGUCAAGCACACGAACUUAAUGCUUUUGGACGAAAUUAUGGCAUGAUAAGCAAUGAUUUUUAUUCUUAUUUAACCAAAGAUGCAGACGAAGCGGAGGCUUUACGUUUAGCACGAGAAGAAGAGCAAGAAAAAAUUUUAUUAAGUGGUAGAAAAUCUAGAAGAGAAAGACGUGCUCAAAAAGAGCGUCGUAUUGCAUGUCGUCCUUUUAGUCCUCCUAGCUAUGCCGCUAAAGAAGAUGCUACAAAAAAGGACAAAGACGAUGACAGUGAUUCCCGUUCACCAUCACCAACAGAUGCCAGUACUGAAAAAAUUACGUAUAUAACAUCAUUUGGAGCUGAAGAUGAACUGCAGCCUCAUUCUAAAAUAUCUAUUAGCAUUGGUAAAGGUGGUGUUGGAAUAAGUGAGUCAUAUACGAGUUCCAGUGUUACUUCAGCGCAGGCAACGUAUGCACAAAAAGUUAAGGAAAAUUUAGAGAAAUUAAGAGUUGUAAAUGAGUUACCAGUUCGUAAACGACAAUAUUCUCCUCAUAGAUAUGAAAGGCGUAAACGGCGGUCCAGAUCUAGGUCAUAUGAUCGUUAUAAACGUGGACGUUCAAGAUCGGGGUCAAGAGAAAGAUCACGACGAAGUCGUCGCUCACCUUCCGUAGCGUCUAGAAGUUCAGUUAGUUCUAAUGAAUAUAACAGUAAAAAACGACACGGCAGUCGUCGUAGAAGAUCAUAUACAUCAAGGAGCUUAACACCGAAAUCUCAUCGAGGGGAUAUACAAAUAAAAGAUACUAAAACAACUGUUACACAUGAAAAAUGUUCCGCAUCAGUUCUUGUUCCUAAAGUAACAGAAGUAAUAACAUCCGCGGCCAUAAGUUAUCCGCAGUCGACAUAUGCAACAAGCGCCAUAGCUAAUUCUAUCCUUGCUUCAUCUGUGCCAAACCUGAAAAAAGCUGUUGGGAUAGAGCCAGACAUCGUAGUGCCGCCGCCUCCACCACUUAAGCGGUACUAUGGCCGCAAACGUGAGAACACAUCAUCUUCGGAAAGUGAAUCGGAUAAUACAGAAAAAACUUUGAAACUCCAACAAUGUGAUGAAGAGAUCGACACUGAUGAUCGCAUAGACGUUGACACUACCUCCGAGCUGUCUAAUCCCUUGCCGUCGACUUCAUAUUCUUCUGGUAAACAAACAGGCAAAUAUACAACUGCUCAGGCGAAAAAUCCAAGUUUAUCUAAUGCUUCAGAAACCAAAGGUUCUGCAAGCAGCCGUUUAAAUUUACGAGAACGUUUGAAACGGAAAAUGCAAAACUUAUUGAACAAACAAUAUAAAGCUGACAAAAGGGCCGAAAUAGAGAAAACAGAACGUGAGCGACAACUACAACAAGAACGAGAGGAUGAGAUGCGCGAACUUGCAUUAAAAUUAAGGAGAAGACAACGGGAACUACGUCACAGAUACGGGACACCUUCUACGGAUAAAGGGUCGGACAGCGAACAUUCAGAACAUGAAAAUACAACAAAAAUAAAAAAAACCCGGUCUCGUAGUAAAGAACAAUCAACAACUCGUGACUUACGAUGUAGAGUAAGCUCUCGGAGCAAGGAAAAAGAAACCCAUAAUAAACGUCAACGUGAUAGCAGCAGGGAUCGAAAACGAAUGCGUUCUCGUAGUGAUAGUCGUUCUUAUAGUCAUGCUUCAAAGCGUCGAACACGUUCACGCUCACGUAGUAGGCGUAGUCCGUUACGGAGAGGCCAACGCAGCCCAUUGCAAAGGCAUGGCGAUAGAUAUCGGCAUCAAUACGAACGUUCUAGACGAUCAAAAACUCCUGAACACCGAGGAUACAGAGAUCGGUUAGACAGAUAUUCGGAACGUAAUAGGCAUUAUGGUCGUGAAAGUGAACGACAUAAGGAAAGAUUGAGGGAGAGAACUCAAGAAAGUGUUGUUUCACAAAAAGACUUGAAAAAAGAAUUUGGAAAUGUAGGUAAUACAAGAAAUAAGGUUGUUAUAUCUGCUCCUCCGAAGCUAAAGAAACUGGUUGAUUAUUAAAAAUGAUUUUUUAAACUGUUUUACAUAUUUGAUAUUG